UUAUUGUGCCGGGCAAAAGUUUAAGAAGUCGUAAUGGACGGGAAAGCUGUAUUUGUCCUCAGCUUACAAGCUUUAUUUGUACAGGUGGUAAUGUGCAUCGGCCCUUACAACCCAGUUUUCGACGACAGUUUUAACUGCUUCCCGUUUGGCGGCGUCCCACCUUUUGAUACCGGUUUUGGCCCACUGGACGGUCCCUACCCUGGCUGUGGAUUCGGGCCACUGGCUUCAUCUAUCAUCGCUCCACCACCAGGCAUAGCCGCAGGAUACAACGGCCUACUGCCAAUAUCGGUUGCCCCACCCACACUCCCUCAAGCCAGCUUAUCGGUUUUGUCAGAGAACGUAAUCGAAGGUGUUGUGAAAGUUGUAGGACAGUUACCGUUUAUUAGUUCGAUAGCUAUGUCUGGAGAGUUUCCUACCACCGGCACUGGAGAAGUGGCGUAUGGGUGUGGCGAUACAGCGGUGAUCAUCAAUGAAGCACCAGGGAUUGCGGCUGUCUUAGAUUAUGCGCCUAUACCUUACAAUUUCGACGAUGUAGGCUAUAGAACACCAGGAUGCGGCUUUGGCCCGUACCAUUAAGCCGGUAACUAGUUAGGUGUAUUAUUUUUAUUUUGAAUAAAUGUUGUUAAAAAAAUAUUUCGUUGCGUUCAUUAUUGUCAAUAUAUUUAUGGAGUUACUUUAAGUAUAUUGUAAAAACGUAAUUUUAGUUUUAAUUAAAGCUACUUAUAAAUAGAAAA